GGAGAUGGGAAGAAUGUUCGAGAUAGAACUCGAGGGACCCUUCUACACAUGCAUAAAGUGCCACACACAUCUCGGAGUUCCCAGUGAUAUCAUCUCUAAGGAGAUUGGUCAGGAUGGUCGUUACGAAUAUGAGUUCACUAGACUCUUCAAUACAUUUCUUGCUGAAAGACCGUUCAAUUCUGCUGUGAAAGAUAUCUUUUGUGUCGGUUGUUCCAAUAUCAUCGGCAUUUAUGGCGUAACUGGGGGUUCUUACUGGGUUUUGAGGAACGAACUCCAUGGACCGGAAGGAAGCGAUGAUGAGGUUUAG